UGGCGGUCAAUUGUUGUCACUAAAUUAUUGCUUGUUGGCGUACUUGAGGCGUUAAUAUUAUUGUUCGGAGCAAUAGUUCUUUAUGCAUUCUUGUUUUUACUUUUCGAUAAAUGUUUAAGCUAAUUUUUGCCAAAAAUGCACAUUAAACAAGUUAUUAUUCAAGGAUUUAAAAGUUAUCGAGAGCAAAUUGUUGUUGAACCUUUUGAUAAGCGGCACAAUGUAGUUGUUGGGCGUAAUGGGUCAGGCAAAAGUAACUUCUUUCAUGCUAUUCAAUUUGUACUCAGUGAUGAGUUCUCACAUCUCCGACCAGAGCAAAGACUGGCUUUGCUACAUGAAGGUACAGGACCCAGAGUAAUUUCAGCCUUUGUGGAAAUUAUAUUUGACAAUUCUGAUAACAGAAUUCCUAUUGAGAAGGAUGAGAUAUUUCUUAGAAGAGUUAUUGGAUCGAAGAAAGAUCAGUUUUUCCUCAAUAAGAAAGUGGUUCCUCGUUCAGAAGUGUUGAAUCUCUUGGAAAGCGCUGGCUUGUCUAAUUCAAAUCCAUACUAUAUUGUCAAGCAAGGAAAGAUUAAUCAAAUGGCCGUAGCACCAGAUUCACACAGAUUAAAAUUGUUAAGAGAAGUUGCUGGUACUAGAGUAUAUGACGAGCGGAGAGAAGAAUCUGUGACCAUAUUAAAAGAGACUGUUGGCAAGGUUGAGAAAAUCAAUGAUUUCUUAAAAACCAUUGAAGAGAGAUUAAAGACACUCGAAGAGGAGAAGGAAGAGUUGAAAGAAUACCAGAAGUGGGAUAAGUCUCGCAGAGUGCUGGAGUUUAUCAUCCACGACACAGAACACCGGGAGAAUAAGAGGAAGCUUGAUGAUUUACAAAAAAUGCGUGCGAAUAGCGGCAAAGAACAACAACAUUAUGCUGAUCAGGUUAGAGAAGCGCAAGAACAUGUCAGAGAAUCUAACAGGAAACUAAAAGAAGCAAGAAAGGAUGUAGCGGCAGCUCGAGAAGAGAAAGACAUUUUAUCGACCGAACAGCAACAGCUGUUGAGGGAGAAGACCAAACUGGAGCUGGGUAUUAAGGACCUUACUGAUGAUGUCGAUGGCGAUAAUAAGUCCAAGGAACGUGCCGAAGCAGAAUUGGAGCGUUUAAGACAACAAAUAUCCGAGAAAGAGAGGGAAUUAGAGGAGUUAAAACCAAAAUAUGAAGAAAUGAAGGCGCGUGAAGAGGAAUGUACGCGCGCGUUGGCCUUGAACCAACAGAAGAGGCAGGAGUUGUAUGCGAAACAAGGACGGGGCACUCAGUUCACCUCCAAGCAAGACAGAGAUAGAUGGAUUGAGAAGGAGCUGAAAUCCCUAAAUAAACAGCUUAAAGACAAAAAGGACCACGAAGUAAAACUACGUGACGAUUUACGACGUGACGCGACCAAACUGACAGAGUUGGAGAAGAGAAUAGAAGAACUCACCAAGGAAAUGGAGCGACAGAGGGUGGCGAUAGAUGAUCAUAACAAGCAGUAUUACGAGUGUAAGAAGAAAAAGGACCAGGAGCAGAGUACAAGAAAUGAAUUAUGGCGUAAAGAAACAACUUUAACUCAAAAUCUAUCUUCACUAAAAGAGGAUUUGGCCAAGGCCGAUCAAGCUCUGAGGUCUAUGGCUGGAAAGCCAAUAUUAAACGGACGAGAUAGUGUCCGUAAAGUUCUAGAGACUUUCCAAGAGCGAGGAGGGGAAUGGGCUAAGAUAGCGACUCAAUACUUUGGCCCGGUUAUUGAGAACUUCACUUGUGAUAAGACCAUUUAUACAGCUGUUGAGGUUACAGCUGGAAACAGAUUAUUCCACCACAUCGUGGAAUCGGACACAGUCGGUACCAAAAUUUUGAAGGAGAUGAACAGACAAAACUUGCCCGGAGAAGUGACUUUUAUGCCUUUGAACAGAUUGCAAGUCAGGGAUAUGGUGUAUCCUAAUGAUAAUAACGCCAUCGCUAUGGUCCAAAAACUGAAGUACGAUCCCAAGUACGCCAAAGCCAUGAAGUAUAUAUUUGGGAAGACGCUCAUAUGCAGAAACCUCGAAUGUGCGACAGAACUUGGGAAACAGUACCAUUUGGAUUGUGUCACUUUAGAAGGAGAUCAGGUAUCAUCAAAAGGUUCGCUAACAGGAGGUUACUUCAAUCAAUCCCGGUCUCGACUUGAGAUGCAAAAGACGCGAUCAGAAUUAAUGGAACAAAUAACGACACUCGACGAAGAACUGAGCACGUUAAGACAGGAAUUGAAUAAGACUGAGACAAGUAUUAAUUCAAUUGUUUCCGAAAUGCAAAGGACUGAAACCAAACAGGGGAAAGCCAAGGACAUUUUUGACAAAGUGAAAGCCGACAUACGUCUGAUGAAGGAAGAGUUGAGUUCCAUAGAGCGGUUCCGCGGACCUAAAGAACGAUCAUUGGCCCAGUGCAGGUCCAGCCUUGAAGCAAUGCAGGCUACUAAGGAAGGCCUGGAGUCUGAAUUACAUCAGGAAUUAAUGGAACAGCUGUCGAUGGCCGACCAAGGCAAAGUGGACGAGUUGAAUGACGCCAUCCGUCGGCUCACGCAAGAAAACAAGGAGGCUUUCAGUCAGAGAAUGAAUUUGGAGGCAACGAAGAAUAAACUAGAGAAUUUGCUCACCAACAAUUUAAUACGACGUAAGGACGAGUUAGUGCAAGCCCUUCAAGAGAUAUCGGUAGAGGAUCGCAAACGAAGAUUACAGAAUAGCAAGUCUGAUCUAAAUGCGGCGGAAAAGAGAAUCAAACAGAUUAACAAAGAAAUGGAAGAAGUUGAAAGAAAAGUUCAAGCUGCCGUCAAAAAUGAGAAAGCGCUCAAGUUGGAGUUGGAUAAGUGGAGGAAUAAGGAAAAAGAGGCUCAAGACAAGAUGGAGGAAGAUUCGAAAGGUCUAGAGAAGAUGGCUUCGAAGGAAGUGUUGCUUCAGGAGAAAAUUCAAGAGUCCUUAGAUAAGAUCGCCGCGCUCGGAACAUUGCCCAAUGCGCCUGAGUUGCACACCAAGUAUGAGAAGAUGUCGCUUAAACAGUUAUUCAAAGAACUCGAAAAGGCGAACCAACACUUAAAGAAGUACAAUCACGUGAACAAGAAGGCAUUGGAUCAAUUCAUCAGUUUCUCAGAGCAUAAAGAGAAGUUGUACAAGAGAAAAGAGGAACUUGACGUUGGUGGCGAAAAGAUCCGAGAGCUUAUAGAGACUCUUGAGCAUCACAAACUAGAAGCAAUCCAAUUCACGUUCAAGCAAGUGAGCAAGAACUUCACGGAUGUGUUCAAGAAGCUGGUACCACACGGUCGGGGAUCCCUCAUCAUGAGGGUGUCCACUGAGGAUCAACCGGAAUUGGUUGCUGAGCGGGCAAAUGCAGAACAAUUCACGGGUGUGGGUAUACGUGUGUCCUUCACGGGCGGAGAAGGUGAUAUGAGGGAGAUGAAUCAGCUAUCGGGGGGUCAGAAGUCACUCGUUGCUUUGGCUCUCAUCUUCGCCAUACAGAAGUGUGAUCCCGCGCCGUUUUACCUAUUCGACGAGAUCGAUCAGGCCCUCGACGCCCAACACAGGAAAGCGAUAGCCAAUAUGAUCCACGAACUGUCUUCCAGCGCCCAAUUCAUCACAACCACUUUCCGUCCGGAAUUGUUGGAACACGCGCACAAGUUCUACGGAGUUAAAUUCCGGAAUAAAGUCUCCCACGUGGAAUGCGUCACUCAGGAAGAGGCCAGGGACUUUGUGGAAGACAGUGCUACUCACGCCUAAAGGAAAUUUUACAGUGAUCUACGGACAAAUAUAUUUUAUUCAUAAAAACUUAAUCAGUCUAAUUGUAAAGUUUUAACAGUCUGUCUCUUUUCGUCACAGUGUAAAAAUACAAUUUGACUGAAAGUGUGUGAGAGAGAUAGAUUAUUUUCUAAAUAUUUUUUAAAAAUGGAACAACGUAACAAGUUCGAAAACAAUAUUUGAAAAUAUUUUGCAGAAUUUAGUGUGAAUACGGGCGUUCAAAUUUUUAAAUAUGGAAUUACGUCAAGUGGGUACGAAAGGUCAUAAAUCAAUCAGUGCAGUAAUAUUUAUGAACGGCGGUUAUGACGUUAUGUAACCCGCUUCUAAGUCAAUGAUUGAAUGAAUUGACGCAUUAUGAAUUAAUACCGUUUUAAGAAACUUUUUAGAAAUACGUGGCUACCUCACAUGUCUUACAUGUAUUAGGUUCGAUUCUCGGCGAAACUAUAAUAGUUUCCGGUUGAUUGCCUCAAAAGAGAUGAACCAGACGGCUUUUCCAUGCCCCAUUAUGUGGCCUGGUCUCAAACAGCAAAACUGCCCCUUUCCCGGACUAAAUAACUUUGACCUUUUAAUGUCACCAAGCAUCAAACCUAAUAUUCAAAACGUUUAAACUAUUCCGAAAAUGGCUUUGGACAUACACUGUAGGUUUUUAAUAUACAGGAUGUAUCAGGACUCAUAUUGAUAUUUUUAAUGUAUUUUAUUAUUUAUUUUUUGAUUUCAACAAUCUUAUUUUCUAUGCAUUUCUGAUUCGAUUAUGAGUGCUGGUAUAUUCUGUAAUAUUAUAAAUUUAAAUAAACAAUAUUUUGUUUGACAGAAGUUUUAACAAAAAGUAACAGUCAAAUGCGGGAAAUAUACUGUAGUGUCAAAGAGAAAUUCAGUAUCUCUAUAAAUGUGUAAUUUUAUUUUAAUUGUAGCACAAUUACCUUUUUCUUCUUAUAUGACUUACUAAAAAUAUAAAACUUUGAUGCUGUUUAGAUUAUAAUGAACUUUUUUAAUAUGAAAAGUAAUUUUCUUUUUAAUUUAGACAUUUUUGGUUGAAAAACCAAGUUAUUAUUAAGGUUAGAUUUAAGAUUAUAUUAUGUUUUGAUUAAUAUGAAUAAACGAUACUUUUCGUAAAAUUUCGGUUUAAACCUAAAUUACUACUUGUUAGGUUAUGUAAUGUGAAGUUCGGCUGCGAAAUUGUUUAUUGUA